CAUGACAUUCGUUCGAACCCGCUCACGGGUUCUUUUGAAAAAAAUUCUCCCUUGACGGGUGGUAGGAAGAUGGCCGUACGCUGAGGGGCCUAGCCAGCUGAGCCAGCGACCACCACCACCGUCGGCGGGGUGACAGGCCGCCCCAAAUUCUGGCUUCACGUGGGCUGCGGGCGCCCUGUCGUAGGAAGGAAAGAAGGUACAAACGAGCCGCCGCCGCGCCUCGGAGUUUGGGACCGGGAGUGAUGUGCUCCCGGGUCGUCGUCAGCUGAGCGCCAGCCACUUGCCACGGUACGACCCCGUCGCCGUCACUGGGACGACGGCUAGCCGCCGAAGCGCCAUGGACGACAUCAAAAGCGACGCGGUUCUCCACAUCGCCGAGAUCAUCACGGACCGGCUGUACUUUGCCGCGGUUCGUAGCACGGUGAAGCCAGUCUCGAGUGGCCAGAACCACUUCUUCACCAUUGACGAUGAACUGGUCUACGAGAGCUUCUACGCCGACUUCGGACCACUCAAUCUGGCCAUGCUGUACCGCUACUACAUCAAAUUGCAGAAGAAACUGAAUUCAUACGCACUGGCCCAGAAGAAGAUCAUUCACUACACAACCAGUGAUGCCAAGAAACGGGUCAACGCGGCCUUUUUGAUGGGCUCGUAUUCGAUAAUCUUCCUGAAGCGCUCUGCCGAGCAGGCUUACAAGUCCCUCUGUGCAGGCAUCAUUACGCCGUACAUUUCCUUCAGAGAUGCCUCCUUUGGGCCGUGCACAUACAACCUGAGCUUACUCAACUGUCUGCGGGCCGUCGAAAAGGCGGUCCUUCACAAAUUCCUGGACUUCGAGACGUUUGAUGUGGAAGAGUACGAGUACUACGAGCGGGUCGAGAAUGGCGACCUCAACUGGAUUGUGCCCAACAAGUUCAUCGCCUUCUGCGGUCCUCACCCAAAGAGCAAAAUUGAAAAUGGCCACCCGUUCCACUCUCCGGAGACGUACUUCCCAUACUUCCGCAAGCACAAUGUCAGCACGGUGGUGCGGCUGAACAAGAAGAUAUAUGAUGCUCGCCGUUUCGCCGACCAAGGGUUUGAACACAAGGACCUGUUCUUUGUAGACGGCUCGACUCCGAGUGAUGCCAUCAUGCGGGAAUUCAUCGAAAUUAGCGAGAACACACCUGGUGCCAUCGCAGUCCACUGCAAGGCUGGCCUCGGCCGCACGGGAACCCUGAUAGCGUGUUACAUCAUGAAACACUACCGCUUCACGGCAGCUGAGGCCAUCGCCUGGAUUCGCAUCUGCCGACCGGGCUCGAUCAUCGGACACCAGCAGCACUGGCUCGAAGAGAAGCAGCACUACCUGUGGCUACAGGGCGACCUGUACAGGUCUCAGCUGAGCAGCAGCCAGCAGCACGCCAACAACGUUAACAACAACCAGGCCAACACGGGCAGCAUGCGACGAUCACUGUCGCCGCACAAUCGUAGCGUGUCCCCACCGGCUGUGACGAGCAACAACCGGCGGGGGUCGCCCCGGCGUGCUGUGGCGUCCGACACAGAGGGUACGGUCAGCCACAUUCUGGGCCGAUUCCACUUGACCGACAAGAGGACGCAGCAGCAGCAGCAGGUGGACCGAGCCAACAACAACACUGUGGCAGGUGACUCCGAAGAAGACCUCACCCAGGGUGACAAGCUGAUGCGCAUCAAGGCACAGAGGAGACAUCCACGCUCCCUCACAGCUGGCACGGCACUCACUGGUGAGGAGGGCCGCCCACAGCGGCGAGCCUCUUCUCAGCCCCUGAAGGGUGGAGGUGGCGGGGGCACCGCAAUGUCGCCCCCGGGGGGACCAUUUGCCCCCUCUCUUGGCUACGCCUCCCCGGUGAAGUCCCUGCGAACUGGUAACCGUACGCCCGCUGCGACUGUCAACGCAACAGGGCGUCGCCGCUCCCCUACCUCGCCUCCUGCGCGCAGUGUCACCAGCCGCCAGGCACCUGGAAGCAUGCCCAGGUGACGAGGGGGGCCGGCCCUCCGGAAGGUGGCGGCGGAGGCGCCCCCCGGCCCCCCUACCAGGCGCUCCCCCCGGAAGAGGCCCAAGAGGUGCAACCCGUCUACCCCCAGCCGUCACUAACGAACCCCUUCCCAGCAAUGCCACUCGCAGAGCAUGCCCCACCUGUAUGCCCCUCCAGGAUAGAAGCACCAGUUCCGUUGUGUGCGGUGUCAUGACUGGGCAGUGUGGCCGACAAGUUCUCUUUCUUAUCGUGGACCUCCCCACCAGAGUACAGUGUGCGACACUGCCUAGAGUUUGGAAGUGACAACAAGGCACAACUGUUCGAACUGUUCAACCAAGAACCGUCGUUCCUGCAACCCAGCGUGACCAUGACUGGAAGGUAUGUGGACGAUCCACGGUUAUCACCGCCAGAAGGGAUCCAGCAUUAGAGUACGAACAGCAGUGCCCCACUCCUACUUGCAGGCUUGUACCUAGUACCAGCUGUGCUAGCAUGCGCCAGAUGCGCACAGUAGUGCAACUGGGUAUUGUGUUGUCGAUGUGCGGGUAGACUUUUACAAGAGGGGAGAAAGUUGGUUGCUCGUAGUGGCGAAGUGUUAAUGGUCUAAGAAUGUGUUGUUGCCUGGACUUCCAGAGGCUGAUGUGGGGUUCCUGUCUGCCAGUACUAGGCAAGCAUUGGUAGGGUUGGGGCAAACGAUGUUGCAAUGAUCGUGGCAGCCAGUUUUUUUGUGCGUGCAACCAGAAUGGAGUUCAAUCUUCUUGCCCAGAGUUUGAGGUGCCGGUGCUGUGAAUCUGGCAGGUGCUUUGGCAGUUGUGGAACAGAGUUUUCGUUCUUUUUUUUCUGGGUACGACAUCGCCACGAUGCAGCAGAUGUUGCUUUACCUCAAGUUGAACUUGAGGGAAAAGGGACUGGCACAGUGUUUUAUACUAGUUCCUGGGACAACUCUGCAUCUCUUGUCAUCGUAGCCAAGGCAUCCUCUCGAGCUUCACCUGUAGGCAGGCCUGGCAUUUUGUUCAAAAGUGCGGGGUUAUAACAUGAUCCACAAUAUGUAAUUAUGGGCACAUGCUGCUGAUUGGUUGGUGGAAAGUGUUGCCUAAUGCAGCCAUUUGGAGCCUUCCAGUUGCGUGCCUGUUGCACAGAUGUUCCUCACCAUGAGUGUAAGCACCGUACUUUCAACCAGAGAACUAAUGCGCAUUUGUGGUAUAGUUCUCACGUAUUCAUUAACGUACCGGUGUUUGAAGAUCUCCAGUGCAUUGGAUAAUGAAUUUACCUCAUGCCCUUACUUUGUCGUGGAACUCCUUUACAUCCAGUCAGUUGCCUUUAGUGGAUUCGCAUUGAGCUGCAGUCACAGGUCUGCUGUGGAUCCCACUGGGUUGCAGCUGUCUCCUCCCAAUGCAGGUCGAGAGCUGCUUGCAAGGUUAGAAGCAGUGCCGGUGGUUUUACUAAUUGAUAUAAAUAUUACAGUGUCUUUUAUUUUGACCCGCCUGAAACGUGAUCAUUAGAUCAUAAGAUUUUAUUUUUUGACAAAGAGUAUUGCAAUACUGUGAACACUGUUCACUGCAGCCGCCUCCCAGUGUUUAACUCCACUCUGAAUUUCUAAAUGCUGCCAUUUUCUUCGGAACAAGUCUGCAGCCAUUGCUGUGUUGAUAUUGUGUACUGCAACGGCGACCACGUUCCAAUUUGAUCACGCUUGAAGCAUGCACUGGUUGUUUAAGCCUUUGGAGGUAGUGCAAAAAAGAAACUUUCCCUCGAGCACGAUGGCCGCACAGUACGCUGAGCAGGUCGGCAGAAUUUGGCUCUAAUGGAGCACAGCAUUUGAAAUUAGGUCUGAAAGUGGCAGGUUGUAAUUAUGGUCCCAGAAAGCUCCCCCUAUGGUGAGCUGUCAUGCGUUACUUUUUACUGAAUAUUUCACUAUACGCAGCUUCUUUUUUUAUCAAGCUUCAAUAUAGCAAACAUUCAUAUGAAGCAGAUAUGUCUUUGUUGUAUUUAGAAAUCAAGGGCACUGCAUAAAUGGCAAUGCUAACUUAUUUAUCUAAGUAUAAUGGGUAAUUUAUUGUAGUUGGUAAUUUAUUGUGACCAGUAAAUCAUUAUAGCUAUAUUCCUUUUAUCGAGGUCUCACUGAUUUGACCUUGAUUAACGAAUAUGGAUAGAGCGAAUUUCUCGUUACAACAAAGUAAAUGAAGAAUACUGAUGUCAUUAAAGUGUUUUGCAUAUGUAAGUUCAAAACAAAUUUUCACAUACGGUGAAACUAGGGGUGUGGAAAUAUUUGAGUUUUUAAUUUGACUGUCGAACAGCUGGUAUUUGAUUAAUAGAAUAAUUCGACAGGAUGAAUAUCUAAAACGUGACAAAGGCCAAUGGUGCAACUUGGAUAGGGUGGAGUAUCUAAAACCUAUGCUAACAUUGUUACAGUAGCCCACUUGAUAAAAAUUUUACCAAUAUUCCUCUUCAAAAGCAAGCGCAUGUUUAUAUUGAAGGAGCUUAUGUCAUUUCUGCACAUCAUGGCUUAAGCAAUGAAGGCCAAGGAACAGUUGGGGAAAAUGGAACUGCUAGCAUCAAAAAAUAAGCAGCACACUGACCUGAGACCUCAUAGCCUCAAAAUUGAUUCAAUGAGCCCCUGACGCCAGCAAGGAAUAAUCUUUUGAAGUAUUGAAAAGAGCUUGGAGCUGCACUUUAAUUAUGUAUCGGCAAAAUUGCUUUGCGAUACUUUCCCAUGCUUGCUACUGAGGUUAGCACCUGUUUUCCACUUCAGGAAACACUGUAACAUCAUGGUGAUCGAGCCUAAUGCCAGUUCAUUCAAAGCGGCUUCCGUUUCUGUAUGACAGUUUGUAGUCUUUUGGUAGCAGUCGCGCACUGCAUUAUGUGCUCGAGAUCAACAGCAGAUUUAUUGUUUUUGUCAUUUCUUUCAAAUCAGUAAAAUUCAUUGUAUUUGAUAUUAACAGUGUUUUAUUCCGGGGCCUGCACUGUGACUUCAGUGACGUAUUUCUGUUACGAAAAUGCCAUAAAAAAAUACACACUAUCAGAAAUCGAAGAAAAGAAGUUUUGUCAACGGGAGUUGAACCUACAACGUUCCGGUCCAUCAUAAGAGAUACUGGGCACGCUAUCCACUGCGGCACAGUCGAAUACUUACCGCAACGGUGAUCUAGUGGCUAAGACAGUCGUUUGCUGACCCGCAGGUCACAGGGUGGCAUCUCAGCUGCAGUGGCCACAUUUUCUAUGAAGGCGAGAAUGCUGUAGGCCCGUGUGCUCAGAUUUGGGGGCACAAUAACCUCAGGUGGUCGAAAUUUCUAGA